GACAGUGUUUUCUGCCAUGUCCUUGGUGCCAGCAGACUCGGCAGAGGCAGCAAAACUUGUAGCCGGUGCGACUGCUUGGCAGGCUUCUGCAUCUGCAAACAACACUCUGCUGGACAAAUGGCACAACUUGUUUCAUGCCUAUGACAUUCAAGAAUCUGGAACUAUUUCAUGCGGUGACUUUGUGAAACUGGAAAUUCGCAAUGGCUUUGAACAGGGCGAUUUGAAAAGAAUACUCCGCGCUUUUCCCACGUUAAAAGCAGACUCAAUCUCCAAAGGGCGCUUGGAUUUCAUGGAUUUCUGCAAAGCUCGCCUUGAUUCGUUCGAAGGUGCCACUCGGGUUGUGCCGUGUGUCCAACAGCUGCUACAAGUGGCAGAUCGCGACCUGAUAACCACGAUGGCAGAGCGAUUUCGGAUGGGACCAUUCUACUCUUGGGAGGUCAGGAAAGAACUGAAGGAGGUUUUCUCUUGCUGGAAAAGCACUUCUGAAGCGGCAUUGUCACCGAGUGACUGGCUCAUGGCCAGCAAGGUGGUCGAAACUGAAUGUGAUGCGUAUUUGAGUGAAAAGUGGACAGGUGAACAAGCCUUUCACUCGGCAGACGCUAACAAGGACGGUCUUGUACAAUUGGAAGAAUUUGUCUCCUUCAGCCUCUCUGUAUUCGAGGUCGUCUUUGGACGCAGAACUCAAGAUGCCUUGCAGGUCCUAAAGAAAGUUUGUUCACGUGAAAAGCGACCUCUGAGCUUCACUGUGAAGCUUCCAGUCUUUUUGCCACACCCUCCAUAUACUUUCCAGACACCUAGCUUUGCACGACAUGCAGAUUGCUCUUUUUGGCAUGCAGACGAUCUAGAAUUACCGAGCUCCAUUACACAGCUGCCAGACCUUCUUGCCCUUCUACGAUUGAAGCUCAAACUGGUCGGGAUGUCCUUUUCUGCCUUUUGGCAAACCUCCGGACCGGAGAAAUCGCUUGAUCUGCUUUCCUCCGAGAACUGCUCCAAGAUUCUUCUCUCUCUAUUUGAUGCUAUGGCCAAAGCAACGGGUCCAGCAACUCUACAAUAUGCAAUAUAUGUGAAGAACAUCCGGCCAAAGCCAGUUCGCCUUCAUGAAGUUCAUCAUCAAGAGCUGCAGGUGAACUGCCUGUGCCCACAGAUUUUGCCGAUGGCUAUGCGCUGGUGUCUCGAUUGGGAGUCACAUUUGGUGGGCUACGGCAGAGGACCACUGAGACUUCCCUAUAACUUUACGAUGGGUAUAGGCGAUGCACUCGUCCUGCAACUGCCCACUGAAGAGUCUGGCAUCUCUUGGAAGGUUUUCAUGACAGAAGAUGGUGUUCUUGGCAAGCCUUGCUUAGAACAAGUACAGGUGGUGAAGGGGAAGAAAAGGAAGCAGGUAAUCCAGAGUAUCGCUGCAGAGAUGGCUGUGGAAGGAGAAGCAAAACCCAAACCUCCGAAGGCUGCGAAACCUGCCAAGCAGCGCCCGCAAAGUGGCGCAGUUCGAGCAGCUCGCAUGGCUUUUGACCGUCGGCUUGUGCUCGUUGCACAAAAAGAGGGUCUUUGCAAGUUCUUCAUUGAGAUGAGUUGGGAACAUCAGGAGGAUGUGCUAUGCCAGGGCACCUUGAACCUGCCAGCUUCAGAGGCAUCUGUGGGCAGAUUGGGACCCCUUCAAGUCUCUGUGGAAAGAAAUUCACCAAAGUUGCCAGAGUUGCAGAAAGCCAAAGGCAUGGCUUGGUGGAUUGGCACAAGGUGGUCGCCCAAGCCAGUGAAAGCCAAGGGUCGACCUCGGAGCGCCAGAUGAGACCCAAGAAACCCCCAAACCGUUUCCAGUGAAAAGAGACUCAAAUCUAGACUGCUUUUAAUAGACUAAUG